CCUUAUGCUACUUUCUGAUUUAUUUCCAAUUUCGCAAGACCUAUAGUACCUAGGCAUUGACGUACAAAUGCCCCUCGGGAGUAGAUGACCAUUUCGCAGUUCGCCGACAAAGCCGUCUACUAGGUGCCAAGGCCUAUUACAGUGCAGGACUAUCAUGGCUGUCACACAUCAUCUUGACAACCCGGGUGCAAAGGGGGUCAGCUUCUAUAGUCCUGCGCAGGAUGUUCCUGCUGGUACGGCUGUCUCGCCUCAAGCCGGCAAUGCACCCAUUCCAAAGCUCUUUCAACCUCUUACGAUCAGGGGCGUCACUUUUCCCAAUCGCAUAUGGCUGGCCCCGAUGGCUCAGUAUUCCGCGGAUCCGGCGAAUGGAACAGUAACCCCUUGGCACAUGGCGCAUCUGGGCGGUAUCAUCAUGCGUGGAGCUGGCCUCACCAUGACCGAAGGGAUAUCGGUCACUCCUAAUGGCCGAACUUCGCCACAAGACCCUGGUAUCUGGUCAGACGAGCAAAUUGCACCUCUCGCGCGGCUUGUGGAGUUUGCACACUCUCAGAAUCAGAAAAUAGGCAUCCAGCUGGCGCACGGAGGAAGGAAAGCGUCCACCGUAGCUCCAUGGUUGGCAGCAGCAGAGCUGAUACCCGACGACUUGGGCGGGUGGUCUUCGCAAGUGGUCGGGCCCAGCCCCGUAUCAUAUCCUCACCUGGCUGAGCCCCGCGCUCUGACAAUCGACCAAAUCAAAGAAAUCAAGACCGCUUACGUUGCCGCCAUGCAGCGCGCUGUAAGAGCGGGAUUCGAUGUGAUUGAGAUCCAUGCGGGACAUGGCUAUCUGCUCUCUUCUUUCCACUCACCAGCCUCAAACCAUCGCUCGGAUGAGUAUGGAGGCAACUUUGAAAAUCGGACACGGUUGACCCGGGAGAUCGUGCAGCUCACGCGAGCGAGUAUGCCCGAGACCAUGCCUUUGUUUCUGCGAGUCAACGGGACGGACUGGCUGGAAGAGGAAUUGUCACUGCCGGGGUCAUGGAGGGUGGAAGAUACGGCUCGGCUGGCGCCAAUCCUGGCCGAUCUUGGAGUCGAUUUGUACGACAUCUCCUCGGGAGGACUGCACCCAUUACAGAAAGUCCGGGGCGGACCAGCUUAUCAGACCCCAUUUGCACAGGCCGCCAAAUCUGCGGUCGGAGAUCGGAUGCUGGUGAGCACAGUCGGAAACAUCACACAUGGUCACCAGGCCAACGAACUCCUUGAAGGAGGGCUCGACGUGAUCUUCGCGGGCCGGCCAUUUCUGAAAAACCCUGGUCUGGUGUGGAGCUGGGCAGAUGAUUUGGGCGUUCAGGUUCGCUGGGCCAACCAGAUCCGGUGGACCGUUGAAGGGAGGACCAAGAGAGUGCGAAAAGAUCCAAUCCCUGAGGCUGAGUGAUAGGAGUAGGGGUGAUGUAUCGCAGACGGUAAAGCUAGC